GCGAGGUAUAUAUAGAUAUAUAUGUAAGGCUCGCUUUCGUCUGCGCGGCGGCGCUGGAGCAUUUAGUGGCCCCCUCCGUGAAAGCCGAGGCGGGGAGACUGCCGUGCGCGGGCCCUGCAAGAAAUGAGUGACAUGGACUCAUACAAGGUUCUUCUGGAUGGGCCAGCACCAUGGGGGUUCAGACUGCAGGGUGGCAAGGACUUCAACAUGCCACUUUCCAUUUCCAGGCUCACCCCUGGGGGCAAGGCAGCCCAGGCAGGAGUUGGAGUUGGGGACUGGGUGCUCAGCAUUGAUGGAGACAGCACCAGCACCAUGACCCACAUUGAAGCCCAGAACAAGAUCCGUGCCUGUGGGGACAAACUCUCCCUCAGCUUAAGCAAAGUCCAGAAUCUCCUAGGCAGACCUCAGAAGGACGCACUCCCUUCUUCUCAGCCCCCCAAAUACAACUUCACUCCCAGUUCUGCCCUCAACAAGACAGCCCGGCCCUUUGGAGUUAACCCUGCUCCAAACUCUCAGCCCGGGUGGGUGACGAAACCCGUGCGUUACGUUCCCCCUGCAUCCGUCUGCACCACACAGCACAAUGGCCAGGUCUCCAUACCAGAUCUGCCUUCUGCACCAGCCUUGACAGUGGAGCCUGGAUAUGGCUCUACUGCUCCAAAACCUGCACCUAUCACAGGCCCUUCCAGUCGUCCACCGUGGGCUGUGGAUCCUUCCUUCGCUGAGCGAUAUGCACCAGAUAAAACUAGCACUGUGCUGAGCACGCACAGCCAGCCGGCCACCCCAACGCCUGUGCAGAACCGCAACUCUAUUGUCCAGGCUGCACAGCAAGCCCCGGAGAGUGCCAGCAAAACGCCCGUCUGCUAUCAGUGCAACAAAAUCAUCAGGGGGCGCUACCUGAUGGCUCUGGGACGCUACUAUCACCCAGAAGAGUUCACCUGCUCACAAUGCAGGAAGGUGCUUGAUGAGGGUGGCUUUUUUGAAGAAAAGGGCUCCAUCUUUUGCCCCAAGUGUUACGACAUGCGCUACGCCCCCAAUUGUGCCAAGUGCAAGAAGAAGAUUACAGGGGAGAUUAUGCAUGCUCUGAAGAUGACCUGGCAUGUCCAGUGCUUUGUCUGUGCUGCCUGCAGAACACCCAUCCGCAAUCGUGCUUUCUACAUAGAAGAGGGGCAGCCCUACUGUGAGAGAGAUUAUGACAAGAUGUUUGGGACUAAGUGCCGUGGCUGUGAUUUCAAAAUAGACGCUGGCGAUCGUUUCCUUGAGGCCCUGGGCUUCAGCUGGCACGACACUUGCUUUGUUUGUGCGAUCUGCCAGAUCAAUUUGGAAGGAAAGACAUUCUAUUCCAAAAAGGACAAGCCGCUGUGCAAGAGCCAUGCUUUCUCCCACGUGUGAGACAGAGGAGACCUUAUGUGCUCAAGCUGCUGCCUGCCCCAAAACUCUGCCCAUCCUUCUUUUCCUGUCCUGAGAGAGCCCCCAGACCAAAGGUCUCACUUGACCAUUUUUCCCCAUAGAGGGAAAAGGGUAAAACGCUCAGGGUCCUUUUCGGGAGGUUUACAACGGUUGUAUUUUUUUUUUUUUACCUAAACUGGUGUUCUUCCUAUGUAUUUGGCUUUUAUCUUUUGCAGACUCCAUCCAACUUGAAAUUGCUAGACAUUUGGGGAGUUGAAGUCCAGGACUUCUAGAGGACACCAGCUUAGGGAUACUGUAGAGUUCUUGUGCCUAUUUCAGCCAAAGAAGUUUCUCCCGAGUAAAGGAUCCCAAAUGAUACAGCAUGCUUCAAAUGAAGCAUCAGCUGGCCUUCCCUUGAAGUCCUUAACUCAGUGAAAACUUGCUAUUAAAGCUCCAGGGGAAAGUGGGGGAAGGCAAGUUUUUCCCCAGAGUUUACUAGCAUUACUUUCUGUCCCCUUUGCAAUGUAAUUACCAACAAUCCUCUGCCCUGCCUUCUCUGACAAAGCAUUUGCAGAGGGCUUCUGUAAUCAGGUUGGCUCUGCCUUUUGCCCAUUGGCAUGUAUU